AUGUCUUCAAAUGAGGAUCAAGCGGUGUCACCAAGCGCGAGCCAUCGCCAACCCUCCUCAGGUGGAAGAUCCUUCCAAACAUCCCAGACCUCCAUCGAUGCCGCAACAAUAACACCAACGACUGAAACAGACGAUCCGAUAAUAUCAUUCUUUGCUCUCCUACUUUACGCACACCGAAAGAUGAUAUCGAGAUAUUGCGCGAUGAUUCGAGCAGGGAUAAGAGUAUUUGCAGGACAAGAUAUUGAGAACUACACUGUGUAUCAUAGGCUUGACACAGAGCUCGGACAGCGCUUGGGGGAAUGGAAUAAUGUCAAUGACGAAAGAGAACUCGCCGUCAAGAUACCACCAGAGUCCGCGGGCCCACUUGACCUUGACGAUGAUGAUCGCCGAUUUCUAACACCACGAAAGGACACGCGGCCAUUCGAUGAUCAGGUGCAGGCUCAUAUGCGUUUAAUGGAUCAUGUAUCAUCUGAAAUAACGGGCCUGACACGAAGACUAAAGCAAAUGGCCACACAGAUUCCGAUUGGAAGUAUAGACAUGGUUAGCAAGCCAGUCGCGUAUCGAGUGAAUCUACGAGACUUGCUGGACUUGAUAGACUGUGGGAAAAGAAUAUUUGCAGCGAUGUUCAAUGUUUACCGGAGAUUUGAAACACUCGCGCUGUCAUUUACGCUCGGAAGAAUUCCGGACUAUACAAUGGCUCCGAAAAUGUAG